AUGCAACGAAUAAAUUGGCAAAGAAAUGAUGGCAUGGUUCUGAAUUCAAAUAAUGUUAAAAGACAAAAAUUACAAUAUGAAAUAAUAACAAUAGAUCGAAAAAAGUCUUUCCUUGAAGAUUUAGCUAAUGAAAUUUUUUAUGAUAUAUUUGAAUAUCUUGAUAUGUACCAUAUUUAUAAAGGAUUUUUCAAUCUUAAUAGAAGAUUUGAAAAUUUGAUUAUUAAUUCAAAUUUUUUACAUCAAACAAAUAUUUCAAUGAUUCCAAAAAAUGAUCUGGAAGAUUUUCAUAUUAAUGUUAUUAUACCAAAUAGACAUAGAAUUAAUUCACUUCGUUUGUCAAAUCCGUUUGUUACUCCAAUUAUUUUCUCAUCACCACGCAUACUUUUACAAUUUAUUCAUCUAAAACAACUUGUUCUUGACAAUAUACAAAUGAAAUACUUACGCAAAAUUUUCGAUUGUUUAAUGCAUUCGCCAUUACCAAAAUUGUAUUCAUUAAGCAUUUCUAUUAUUGAUUGUAUUGAAUCUUUAGAUAUUCUUUUUGUUGAUUUAUUUAAUUUAUCAACAUUAAAAUAUUGUAAAUUAAAAUAUGAAACUAAAACAUAUGAAAUUUCAUCAUUUCUUAAUGUUAUUAAAUCUAAUUCUAGUCCAAUUGAAUAUUUGAUUAUAAAUGGUCGUUUUCCAUUCAUAGCAUUGAAUAAUUUAUUAUGUUGUCUUCCUCAGCUUCAUUAUUUAUCUAUUAACUGUCUUGCCGACUCUGUUGGUUAUAUAGGAAGGAAUAAAUUAUCUCCUAUUCAAUUAAACUACUUAAAAUAUGUUUCUCUUAAACUGGAUUGUAUUCGUUUUUAUCAAGUUGAAGAAAUUUUCAAGAAUUUUUUUCAUUAUAUUCACACUUUACGGCUUACAACACAUAAUGAUGAAAACUAUUUGAACGCUAAACAAUGGGAAGAAUUAAUCAUAUCUUAUAUGCCAUGUUUACGCAUUUUUGAUAUAAAUCAUACAAAUUCAGUGAAUUAUGAUACUUCAAGAUAUCGUAAAUUGAUCAAUGGAUUUAAUUCCUCGUUUUGGAUUGAAAAAAAAUGGUUGUUUACAUAUCAACAUGAUUGGUCAAAAGCUUAUGGGAAUCUACUUUUUUAUUCAACAGAUCCAUAUCGUCGAAAGGAUUAUAAAUUUCUUUGGGACGGAGAUGCAAAAGAGUGUUCACAUAUUCAAGAGUCGAAUUUAAAUUCAAUUCAACAUAUUUUGAUUUAUAGUUAUGAAAUAAAAAAUAAUGAUCUAAUUUAUCUUCCAAAUAUUACUCAAAUAACAAUUAAACAUUAUCCUCGACAACCAAACGGUUCAAUUACAACAAGUCUUGAUUCUAUGAUUCAAUUGAAACAAGUGAAGAAAUUAAUUAUUCAAUGUCAUGAUUUUCCUUUUGAAGAACUGAUUAAACUAUUAAGUUUUACACUGAAUUUACAUACAUUAAAAUUGAAAUUGAUAUCUUUGAACGAAAAUAAUAUUAGGCUAAUUCAACAAAGUGAAAAUUUUCAAUAUGUAUCAAAAACAAAUCAAGUAAAACAUUUAGAUCUUUUUCAACUGUGCGAAUUCAAUCAAAUUGAAUUGAUUAUUAACUUAUUUCCAUAA